GCAUGGUAUUGUAGAUUGUUUCAGAUACUAAAACGUCAUGGAAUUAUUUGCUUAAUUGGGCUAAUCUUUACAUCAAUAGUUUAUACGAGCCGGAUCGCGAAGUACUUAUAUUGUAGCUAAUUACAACAAGAAGUACGAGUACGCGUAUUGCCAUACAUUCAGGUAUCUAGCAAAAUCAAGUUGCAGAGCCUCAAGGCCAAGAACCAAUCAUCAUGCUUUCUUAACCAAUGUAAGUGCCUAGGUACCUAGGUAAAUAGGUAGGUAUAAAAUAUGAAAUGUAUAUAUUACGCUCGUGGUCACCCAUUGUUGUCAAUAAACCGCAUGUCGCAUCCGUCAUCAUUGUCGAAUGGAAUUUUUUUGAUAGGGAAUCUGCAAUCAUGGCUGACGAUGCACCAACCUUCGUUUUUUAUCUUUAUAAGCCUUCUAUGGCUGCUGCAAUUAUAUUUAUCAUCCUAUUCUCCAUAUCCGCCCUUCUCCACGUUAAGGUACUUAUCCAAAAAAGGACAUGGUACUUUAUUCCAUUUGUUAUCGGUUGCCUUUUUGAAGCUGUUGGUUAUAUAGGACGAGCAAUGUCAUCACCCGAAUAUCCCAACUUUACGAAAAACCCAUAUAUCAUCCAGUCUAUCCUCCUCCUUCUUGGUCCCACUCUAUUUGCGGCGUCUAUAUAUAUGAUCCUCGGCCGACUCGUCGUUCUACUCGAAGCCGACUCCUAUUCUAUGAUUAGUCCGCGAUGGCUAACAAAAUUUUUCGUACUGGGCGACGUGCUAUCGUUUUUUGCUCAGGGUGGAGGGGGAGGCCUACUUACACAAGCAAAGUCAGAAGACGAUGUACGCCGUGGCGAAAAUAUCAUCGUCGGGGGCCUCGGAAUUCAAAUACUUUUCUUCGGAUUUUUCAUAAUAGUUGCCUUCGUAUUUCAUAGGCGUAUCUCGAGAGAUCCUACUAGAAAUGCUCGGACGUUAACUACCCCCUGGAAGAAACUUCUCGUCGUCUUAUAUAUCACCAGCGCUCUCAUCAUGAUCCGUUCAGUAUAUCGAAUAGCUGAGUACGUUCUAGGUUCAGACGGCGAACUACUAUCUAAAGAAGUAUACCUAUACUGCUUGGAUGCCCUUCCAAUGCUGAUCGUGGCGGUUUCAUAUAACUGGUUCCAUCCAAGCCGGGUUGUGAGUCGAGAAUUCCUUCAACGAUCGUCCGUUACGAGUUUGGAAGUUUUGGGUUGAAGCCUUUGAC